AUGGCGGCGGCGGCGGUGGUCAGUAACUUAUGCACCUGCCUCCCCGGACCUCUCCUGAUGCCGCCGCCGCCGACUCCCUCCUCGCCUCCCUCGCGCCCGCUCCGCCAGGCCUCGCGCCCACUCGCCUCGGCCUCCCUUGGCCACUCGCCGGCACGAGCACGGGCGGCGGGCUGCGGCAGCGGGAGGGCGUCGGGGACCGGCGGCAACCGCAGGAGACACGCAAGGCCGCGGCGACGGACGUGUGAGGGGGACCAGGCUCUUGGCGGGUCAUGCACGCCUUCGCACGCCCCACAGGGACCCACUCACCUCGCUCACCUUGCCGCGACUCGGCCAUAUGGCGCUGCGGCCGCGGCCCCUUCGCCGCCGCCGAAGACCCGAGGGACGCCGACGCCGGGGCGCUGCGCGGGAACGUCGCCGUCGCUCGACUUCCAGCAUGACCUCUGCCUUGGUCGCUCUAGGUCAUGUCCGGAGAUAGAGGAGGCUGAUCUCGUCGCCUGCCCGGGAGGGGCGAGGCGCGCAUUCCUGGCCCGUGUAACAUUCCUUAAACAAAACAUUUUUGACUCGGUUUCACGACAGCCGCACAAACACGCAGAGGGAAGUGGCGAUCACUCCAGUGUUUUCUCGUUCUCCUUUUCGCCAAACGGAUUCAUUGCAGCCCGUCUCCUCGGCCCUGUCCGGGGGCGUCCGAAUUCCUGGCCCGGAGAUUUUAACAUCUUUAUCUGUAACAGGAGCUCGGAGUGCGAGUUCAUGAAGACCAUCGAGGACAACUUCUACGACACACUCCAGAGCCGCCAGUUCCUCGGGCGAUACAUCGCGAUCGCCGUGAACGGGCGCAUCAAGCGGGCGCGGCGCGUGCGCGGCCCGCUCGGCAAGGAGCACUACUUCCUGCCCCGCAAUGUCGAGCUGGAGAAGGUGCGCCGGAUCAUCCAGCAGUACCAGCAGGCCCUGGGCCCCACGCCCUCCCAGCGCUGCGACGGCUACAACGAGUACAACAUGACAGGCGUCAGCGGCAGCAGCCACGACACCCGAAGGCGCGGCUCCAGCGCCCCGCCCGUUGGCACGACCCGCCCCGCGUCGCCGCCGGGCACGACGACGACGACGACGACGGCGAAGCCGAAGGCGCCACACAAAUGUAGCAGGAUUGACGCGCGUAGAAAAAAAUGUAGAAAACGGCGCCGGAAGCGCUGCAAGACUAAAAAAUGUCGAGACAGAAGAAGAAAGCGAAAAAAGGGCAGCAAGAAAGAGAAGGGCAGCGGCAGAAGAAGGUCGCGGGAGCGGGCGGGCGAGAGCGACCCGACGACGGAGACUCCCGCUGUUGAGACGGAGGCGCCGCCAGAAGCGGGGAGGCAGGAGGAGCGGGCGAGGACCGUGUCGAGCCGACCGAGGUACCGCCACGGCGCCAACGCAAGCCGGACACACCAAAGAGCGCCUCGCCGCCGAAAGCCGCCCCCCGUCGCCAGGCGCCUCCGCCACUACCGCUUCUCCACGCCCUCGCCCUCCUCCCCCGUCUCCCUCAGUCCCCUAUCUGCUCACAAGCCAACUAGAAGUCCUGCUCAGCCCUGGGUGGUCACCCUCACGCCCUCCUACUCGCAGCCCUUUCCCACGGCGCCCUCGUCCGCCCCCGCGCACCACGUCCGCCACGCCCACAGUGGACGGCGGCGGCGGCCACGGGGGCCGCUCACCCCUCCCACCUCAACUACUGCUUAGUGUAUAUACUUCUGCUAUACCAUUCUUCAUGUAUAUAAUCGUAAAUAAUAUCUGUAAAUACAUAGAAUACCAACGUAUGAAAAAGGUCCAUCAGAAGGGGACUUAAUUUAUUUGAUCUUAUUUAUUGUUCGUUAAAAAAAUUCCCCCUGGAAUCAAAGGUCCACCAACAAUGUAUGCGCUUGUCAAUCUUAGUCAGUGUGUGAGAACUGGAGGGAAGUGUGAGAUACACGUCAAGUGCUGGCUGCCGUCGACGCAGCCAAGAGAUGGUGCUACCUAAUCCUACCAUGUGCCAUACACUCGUCCUACUGCAACUUAAGUACUUUAUCAGUGGAGAGAUCAUUUACCAUAUGUAAUGCAACAUAUCAGUGUCCUAGGUCAGUUAUUAUGUGACUCCGUGUGAACUAACAAGUUAGUUUGGAAGGAAAGUGUGCCAUAAUGGAAACCACUCGAGUUAGGACUUGAAACGUGUUGCCAUAUACAAGCAGUUGUCAUUACGUGGCUAUAGACUUUCGUGGUGUCCCACGUCUGAAUUAUGAAGAUGAUUUUAUUUAAAUGUCUUCAACAUAAAGGACACGUUUGUCUCCGUUCGUAAUGGAGACUAUUUAGUCAACCAGUUAAUAAGAAGUAUUGGUCGUCAUCGGUGUUGCAGCUCUUUGGGUCUCUACUUGUGUGGUUAUUGUGCAGUGGCGGUCCUCUGGGUAUGCAGUGAGCCAGCCUUUCCAAUGGAAUGAUUAGUGAUGAUUAAGAUAAUGAGAAAAAUAGGUUCAUCCAAAAUUUAAGUAAUCAGUGAAGCUCACUAUUUCAGCUCCCACGUUAUACUUUUCGUAAAGGGGGUACCGCCACUGUGAUAGAAAGACCUUAGAUGCCGUGUCUUCUUUAAGAGCCAAAAUCACUUUAUUUGCAAGAUGCAUGACUUGUCACAGCCAUGGUGCUGAUGACCAGUCUGUCUGGUCAGAGACUAUUUGUACUGUCAUUAGCACAGGUAGUCAGGAAAAGAAUGAAUGCUGGUCUCUAGUACAACUAUCUUUCGUCAGUUGUUUGCAACAGCGGAUAUGUAAGAAUUGCAAACUUGAGUGUUCAUGUGUACAAGAGUGCAAUGAAUAUCUUGACUCGUCCGCAGCGAGUACGGAGUGUCCCAGCAACUACCACAUUGGCUCUAAUUGAAGACCUGCUACUCCGACAAGACCAAGCCUCCUUGUAUCUUCUGUUGCUCACAGUACAGCACUGCAGAGUAGCCCUCGUGCUACUUUUGUCCAGGGCUGUGUGGUCUGGAGGCUAUUUUGCUCACUUGGCAUUUGUACCACGCCUGAUGAGGCCGCUCAACCCAGGCACAGCGGCUGCUGCUCUUCGGGAUGCCAUAUUUCAGGCGUCGAAUAUUUGGGGCUUCAAUUACUGAGCGUCGCGGGCAGAGCCGGAUGCUGGUUGCAGAAGAGAAGCAGACUUGUGGUGCGGUCCGUUGCAGGCAAUGUAACGAGCCAGCGCCCCUUAAACCCACGAACCACGUCAGCCACCUCUGCCCGCACGCCCCAAACAGCGCCCAGGUGCUGGUGUUGUCACUCACGGGCAGAGAGGGAUCCAGUACUCUCUUCUACCCGUAUCCACCUAGGCUGACCCUCCUCCAGUCUAGUCACAUAUGUCUCUUGAGGGUCAGCCUGGCUCACAGAACGUCAGCUGCCUCCCUUGCCUGUCUGCCUCUUUUACCAGCUAAUUAGCAUAAGACCAAAUCAUUCUGUUUUAUGUAAUUCAUUCGUGUUCACAUUUAUUAUUUUGCUUUUUUUUUAAUCCACAUCACCCACUUUAUGAUGUCCUAAAUUUUUUUGUGGACUACUGAAUAUGUAAUUUUUUUUUGCAUUAUUUGUAAUCAUCUUGCUGAAGUAGCACUUUUAAUACACAUACUGUACUUUUUCUCUUCUCAAAAGUGUUCACUGCUGUCCCAGCAGGCCUAUAUUAAGCAUCAGUAUUUUUCUUGGGGACUAACUGCAUUUAGAACUACACAGUGUUGUUCUUUAAAUGUUUUUUUUUCCAGUUGAACCUAUCAGUAUUUUAACAGAGGGUCAUUUGUAGCCCAAGUCACCCUACUCCAUUGCCCUGAUGCAGGUCCUAUCUGCUCUCCUCAACUUUGCCCUUGCAAAAGUUCUUACCCAUCUAAAGGCUGAAAAUCCCCUAAAUGUAUUAAAAAGAGUUCAUAGUAUGACUGUCUGGGAAUUUCUUUACUACUUGAACAUUACAUCGCAUCACUGUUUCAUAUUCACUUAGACUCACUGCUGUGUCAACACUUCUCAAGUGACUGGUCACCAGAACACUUUUGUUAGUGGUUUAACAUACUUUUAUUAAUUCUUUAACAAACUUACCAAUGUCGUAAUAAAGCAAUGUUUAAUAUGUCACACAUAUCUAACCCCAUCAUUUGCAACACACAUUGUGUAUGUGAAAGAUAAUUAAUAAGAAUCAAAAGUUCACUCUGGUUGAAAAUGCACGUCUGUUUCUCACUCCUAAUGAAGCCACUUUAUCAAACACUGUAUACAUGGAGGUUUUUAUGUCACUGUUACUGAAAUAUCAGAAUUCUUUAACACAACUACAUCUGCUUAUUGCAUAAGCACAGUUCCAGCAAUGUUUAUUUCAUUAUUCUAUUCAGGAAAAACUUACUUGAAGAAAUUUCACAUCAUAUACAAAAACAAUCCCUCCAACAUCUAGGAGGACCCUGUGAAUUCAAUAGUAGAAAUCAAAAGAAAGGAGAAACAGAGAAAAUUAAACAACACAUACAAUAUACUCAUAUACACAUACUUUUCACCACUCAUAUGAUUCAUCCCAUUGCAUCUAAUAUUAACAGCAUGCACUUUCAUCUCCAUUCUUUGUAAUUUCUCAACCUCUAUAUUAUCACUUAAGCCAAAUAUUUUUUUUCUUAAUAUAAGAAGCAAAGUUCUUUAGGCAAGAUGGUAUUGUACUGGUAACAAGCAGGCAGUCUGGCAAGGGAAGUGUUGAGCCUCUCAAGUUAGUAUUAUUGUGCACUCAAACAAACAGGUCUAGUUUAUUGUCAUUCAUUAAAUCUCAGUAGGAGGAAUUUGCUAAUAUCCAAAGUUUUGAAAGUAGAAAGAUCAACAAUUGCUUUAUUAUUUUUUUAAAUACAUUAUAAUACCUCUAAAAUGAGAAUUGAUUGAUUUUUAUAUGUACUAUCAAUGUUUUCAUUCAUUCUUGCUUAGGUAAAAGUGACUUUCUCAUUGACAAAUAUUAGGACUUGUCUCUUUAUGCCCCAGUUAAAAACAUUUAAGAUAGUUUUAGCUGUAUUAAAUGUCAACAUCCCCAUAACAAUACAAAAAAUUCAUUUAAUUACCCCACUUUGAAAUACCCUCCCAAAGUACAUAUAGAUGGUCUAUGUGCUUCUUUGUUUGUAAACUGUCUAAAUAAAUGUUUUAGUACCAUCUGAAUCCCCGUGUUAUACUAUGUAUUUAUCAUUAAAGUUAUAAUAUCUCUGAUUGUGAAUAUCAGCAUCAAAUUGGGUCUUAUAUCUGACAGCAGUUUCAUUUCCUUCAGCUAGAUUUUGGUAAUUAACUUGAAUUAUUUAGAAUAAAAAAUAGUGAGGCAUUAAAAACAAAUCAGUUGGCGUUCUUUUUAUUUUGACUUGUUUCUCUGCAUGUAGAUAUGUCAAUGAUAUUGGUAAAUAAAAGGUAUUUUUAUCAUAA